GUUUCCAGAUAAAUUUCACUCUUAAUCUAGAGUGAUAAUGAGGUUGGUGAUUUUAUAGAUUGAUGGAUCAAAUCGGGCACAAUGGCAGCCAGUCACGACGUAUCCGACGAGUGCCUUUGUUAUCACGUGAAACCGGAUGCCAUCCAUUGUGUAAAAAUGUCCUCUUUGGUAUGACUAUGAUGAUGUUGGGAGAAGUGCUUGCUGAAAAUCUCAAGCAUUGCUUUUCAUUCAUGACAAGGAAAAGGCAUAGUGAACCAUGCGGUUCUGCGCAGCAUAUGCACACACCAAAUGGACGCAGCAGAACGCAAGCUAGAAUGGACGCUCUUUAUGAAUGUUGGCAAAAAAGGACGUUCUCUCAGACUAAAGUUGACUUCAUGGAAGUGGGAAGACUGGGCUUAGUAGGAGCAUUCCAAGGAUUCUACCAACAUUUCUACUACACGUGGUUGGAUAAAAAGCUGCUCGGAAAUUCCAUAACCGUGGUCGCGAAAAAAGUUAUUCUCGAUGAAUUGGGGAUAGCUCCAACCAGCAUCUUUCUAUUUUUUCUCACAAACUUCCCAAAACGAUGUGAAUAA